AGGAACAACGCUGAAUCUGAUUGGUGGAUGGUUGGUUGACUGCACAAUGGGUGUGCCUGUUACUAGCCGAAUGGAAACUGUGGAGCACGGGGCGACAUUUUGGCGCUGUGGAGGAAGAGUGUUACCUGUUAAAAUAUCACAAAUCACCCCGAGAAGAGAGGCUUUCAUGGGGGAGUUUGUGAGCUGACAUGCCGCAGGAUGGUCCCCGGGUGUCGCUGAUAUAUUUAAAGCCAGCUCCGAGACGUUACUGACGGCUUUAUUUCCUUCUCGGACCGCCUGUUUGUAUAAACACACCAUCCAUAUGUCGCCGUAAAGUAUGGACGACUGGAGCCCGAUCGUUGCUGCAGCUUCGGAUAACGACCGCUCCAGCUCCGAGGGGGAGUACACGCUGGAGCCCGGAGCCGGGGAUGGAACCCGGCAGGCGGGGGACGGAGAGCAGCAGCAGCGGCGGCGGGGUAAUAACGUGGAAGGUGUGAUGAUGAUGGACGACGGUGGAGGUGGAGGUGGAGUGGGUACUACUACUACUACUGCUGCUGCUGCUGUCGGGUUCGGGAUAAGUGGGACCGGUGAGGGGAAGGUGGUGUUGGGUCGAGUCGGACAGAGAGACGAUAAAGAACUCAGGUACCUGCACUUGUUGUGGGAGCCCGGACGAGCUGAGCUCGGAGCCGGCGGGGUGGCGAGCAAGCUGGGGAAGGUGACGGGGAGCAGGGCCAGGAGGCAGCACAGGGUGGUCCGGAACCUCGGUCCAAUUGGUAAAGAUAUUUACGCUGUGAAGAGGCUGAGGGAAGCGGCCAACAGCAACGACAUUGACACAGUUCGAAAGCUGCUGCAGGACGACAUCGACCCCUGUGCGGCAGACGACAAAGGAAGGACGGCCCUCCAUUUCUCUUCCUGCAACGGCAACGAGAGCAUCGUGCAAUUGUUGCUGAGCCACGGCGCUGACCCAAACCAGCGAGACAGUCUGGGAAAUACCCCCCUCCACCUGGCGGCCUGUACCAACCACGUGCCUGUAAUCACCACGUUACUGAGAGGAGGAGCUCGAGUGGACGCCCUCGACCGAGCGGGCCGGACUCCUCUUCAUCUCGCACGUUCGAAGCUGAACAUCCUGCAGGAGGGAGAUUCACGCAGCUUAGAGACCCUGAGAGGGGAAGUAACACAGAUUAUCCAGAUGCUGAGAGAAUAUCUGAACUUAAUGGGCCAGAGUGAAGCUAAAGAGAGGCUGGAGCACAUUUCAACACAGCUGCAGCAUACACGCACCAAAGAGCAGGUGGACGAGGUGACAGAUUUAUUGGCCAGUUUCACAUCACUCAGUCUACAGAAACAGAAUUUGGGGGAUAGGUAGAAGAUAAAUGUCGUGUCUCACUUCGGAUACUUCCGUCAGUACACUUCUAUGUAGUACACUGUGUACUUCCUGCUGUAGUAAGCUCUCAGCAGCGUAGUUCUCUCUCAAGUUGAGUAUGGACGUUGUUCAUUUAGUGGAGAUGACGAUCAUAAAACUGGCGACCGCUGAGGGCAAACUUUUUGAACGUUCACCAUGCAGGUACUCGCAGCACAGUGCCAGUGUGGACGCACUCAAAAUAGCAAGUGUAAAUAUGGAAGUAUGUGAAUUGAGACACAUUGUAUAGAGAGCUGAAGACUUCACUAGCCAGCCUCAACCCAACAAGCAGCAAAUGCCGUCACGCUCAGGUUUUCUGUUCAUGAACUAAAUAUAUAUAGUUGUAACAUGUUGAGUUUGCAUGUCUUCCCCGUGUUUGUGUCGAUUCUCUCCAGGUACUCCGGUUUCCUCCCACAGUCCAAAGACAUACAGUUAAAAGGUUAAUUAGUGACUCUAAAUUGGCUGUAGGUGAGUAGUAGGUAUUCAUUUAUCAUAAGGAUAGAAUAACAGUAUUACAAGAUAGCUUUUCAGCUGAUUUAAAAGGAUAAAAGAAACCCUUAAGGCCAGUUUCAGACCAAAUAAGGUGUUGUUUUGAAUCGCCACAGUGUGAAACAAUCAGGAAAUAACUUAACGCUGAUUAACAGGCUUUAUCGAGACCGGUGCUCGCUCAUUCUCAUUCAUUGUCACUCAACCACUGCUGGCUCUCUCUGUCUCAAACCGUCGGACACAAACCAAAUUAAACUUCUUUGUGUCACUAUUUUACAGCGUAAAUUGCGAGUCAGACUCAGAUUUAGAAGCUGGGUCAUAGUUUAGUCCAUGAAUCCACCUAGAUAGUCUGAGUUUCAGAGACGUUUCAGGCCGUCUGGUGGAGGUUUGACUUGUUAGUUUCUCCAACUCAAAAUCGACAUCCCCACUCAAAAAUGAAUGGGGGGAAAAAGCGUGAAGCUAAGCUUGGUGGGACUUCAGCUCUCUGUUGUGUUUGUGUGUGCAGAUGUUCUUUGCCUUUCUUUAGUAGCUCUGUGAUUAAACAGUCACUGUUGUAUUUUUUGGUUCGUAUCAUGUUGCCUUUUUUUCUCUUGUACUGCAUGUUGCGUUUGAACUGUACUGUAAACAAAUGAUUUGGCUGUUUGUGAAUCAAUAAAUCAAAAUGUUUGCCUA